AUGGACGGAAUCAACAGCUGUCUAAUCGUGAUUGGUGCAAUCUGGGCACUGACAUUGGCAGACCCUGAUCCAAUUCUUCACUGUUUGUUGUGCAGAAAUGUAAAAAAUGGCGCGGAUCCUUGUGUGUAUCUUUCUGAGUGUUCCAGUGAGUGUUAUGUGUCUACAACAACUGCGGCUGACGGCUCAGUGGUUAGAAAUUUUGGAUGUGCACCUAAACAAGCUUGUAUGGCACCCCCCUCUACUGUGGGUAGAAGACAGGCAUCUACACAAACAACACAGACAAAAUUCUGCAAAAAGGAAUUGUGUAACUCAGACAUAAGCCGCUUUCAGGAACCCAGUACAGAUCCGUGUGUUGAUGCCACACCCACAGAGUGCCAUGAUCAUUCCAAGCUAUCGACCAUCUGCAGUGACUGCGAGUAUGCGCAAUACUGCAGGAAAUCAUGCGGAAUAUGUCAAAAUAAUGCACACAAUAGCGUUUGGUAUGAGAAUGUAGUUCUCCUCGACUAUGACCCUGUUCACAAGACCUGUCGACAUAGUUCGUCAGUUGAUCCUUCAAUCUGCAAUAGCAUCACUCAAAGUAAUCAUAAAGUGGUACCAGUGAUGGAAAAUAACACCACCCUGAAUCACGCGCAUGCCAAACACGACUACCUAAUUCUACCCUACCAUGACAGCUAUAUUAAUAUCAACUUCCGGACAAAUGGAGAGCCUCUUACCAGUAUACAGCUCAGCGCAUGUCAAACAACUGGGCACGGAAGAGUCGACAUCUUGCUGAAUAACAACGUAAUAAAGCAGUCAUACACGGGGACUGACGUAUGGAAUCUAAGAUGGCAAAUCCACAAGCUGAAUACAUUCAAUUUGAAUAACACAAGUGCCUUUGACCUGAAAAUCCAAAAAGAUAGCGUUACUCAUAGCUACGGCCAUUACUGGAUAAGCCGUAUAAGAGUAGAGAGCAUCAUUGCCCAUCAUAAUCAUUAAUUUUUA